AUGUUUGACCAACUACCCACAGCCAGCCUCUGUUUCACUGCCGUAACCGCUCUACUUCUGAUAGGAGCAUCACAGCCAAGUACGUUCCAAUUACUACGGCCACAAUAUAUCGUUGACGAGGAUGAUGGAUUUGUAAAGAUACAGGUCAACAGAAUCGCGGGAAUUUUUGGAGCCUAUGACGUAAUUUGGAAAGCAACGGACAUCACAGCAACAGUUAGCAAGGAUUACAAAGAAAACAGCGGCACUGUUAAAUUCGCAAACCUCCAGACCACUGCCUUCAUAUCUAUCCAAAUCUUCGAUGAUCCGAUCGAUGAACCCGACGAGACGUUCAAGGUCAAGCUAACAGAAGUCACUAACGAUGGAAAACUAGGAAACAUCAUCGAGACAGUUGUCACCAUACGUGAUAAUGAUUUGCCAUGCCAAGGAUUAUGUAAACGAAACUCUUACUGUAACAAAGCCACACAGAAAUGUCUCUGUAAUAGAGGAUUCGUUCUUUUCAAUGGGAAAUGUGAAAAACCAUGCUUCGGAAAAUGCUGUGUGAACGCCCUCUGCAACGUGAAGCAAUUUAAAUGCUACUGUAAACCAGGUUUCUAUGGUAACCCAUUGAUAGCAUGCGAUAGACCAAGCGAAUUCGCGCUUGAACAAUCAAGUUUUUCUGUGAAAGAGGGUGAUGGUACUGUUGAAAUCAAAGUACUGAGGACAGUAUCUAGUCAAGGUGCGGUCAAGGUCACCUGGGUAGCUAAGGACGGCAGUGCUAAACAUGGAACCGACUUCGUUAACCACGGAGGAGAUCUCUUCUUUGCAAAUGGCGAGAAAGAAAAAGUCAUUACAAUACACAUUUCUAACGAUCAGUUGUAUGAGAAGACCGAAACAUUCUCUGUCGAACUGACCAGCGUCAAAAACCCAAACAAACUUGUGAAUCCCAAAGUUGCUGUGGUUACGAUCGAGGAUGAUGAUAAGCCAUGUCACGGACUAUGCGUAAGCAGUGCAAGGUGUGACACAACAAAACACGUCUGUGUUUGUAAUGAUGGGCUCCUGGGAAACCCGUAUAAGGAAUGUCAUCGUCCAUGUUACGGAAAGUGCUUGCCCAAUGCUCGCUGUGAUGAAUCCGUGAACGCGUGCAAAUGUAACAGGGGACUCGUUGGAGACGGAGUAAAGAAAUGCGCACCUCCAUGCGACGGUCGUUGUAAGAGUAUCCCACACUCUCAAUGUAACCUGAAAACCAACAGGUGUGUUUGUGACGACACCUACCACGGCGACCCGUAUACUACCGGCUGCAAGUGUGGCACCAGUCAUUACUAACGCUGAGAUGUCUGUUUUUGGAAAUUAAUAAAUUAUUACAGACAACAUGAC